GAAAUUGUUAUAGUCAGAUCGAUUCAAAUCGAACAAGAAUUUUACAGUUGGCAAACAUUAAGCAUUGUUCGCAUCAAAAUCAAUCGUUGAAACCCACCAUUUUCGUCCUUUUCGUUCUUCAACUCCACGAACAACACAGAAAAGCGGAAAACCCCAGAAUCUGUCCUCUGCUGGAUGAUUGUAAUUAUCCAGUUUCCCUCCCAACUUGCCAAAUUGGUCGUUCUUUCUCUCUCAAAUUCAAUCUGUUUAGAAUCCUUUACAUUAUUCGUCGAAUUCUGAUUCCGAUCGUCGGUAUUGUUCCCUCGCCACUAACUACGUUUGGUCCUCAAGCUUUAUAAUGGCGUUACGCUUCUCAUAUCAAUGCCAGCUUCUUCACUGAUCUAUUCCAGAAUUAUUACCUUCAGUUGCGAUGAAUUUCGUUGGUGGAGUUUCUGCUGUGAUUCUCGAUCUCGAUGGAACCCUUUUGGACACUGAGAGGGCGACAAAGGACGUGUUGAAGGAUUUUUUGGCGAAGUAUGGUAAAGUUUGGGACAAGAAGAGGGAAGAAGAGAAGAGAUUGGGGAUGACCCAGAAAGAAUCUGCAGCUGCAAUUGUUAGGGAUUAUGGUCUUCCAUUGACACCAGACCAAUUUAUUCAAGAAAUUACUCCCAUGUAUAGGGAAAAAUGGCCUUCUGUUAAAGCACUUCCUGGUGCUGAUCGUCUUCUCAAACAUCUUUACUCUCAUAAGGUCCCAUUUGGGCUCGCUUCGAAUUCUUCAAGUGAAUUUAUCCAUGCAAAAAUUUCUUGUAUGAAAGGUUGGAAGGACUGGUUUUCUGUGAUUCUUGGUAGUGACCAGGUUAUUGAAGGGAAACCUGCUCCUUAUCUAUUUGAAGAGGCAGCAAAAAGAAUGGGCGUAGAUGCCUCUCAUUGUUUGGUUAUUGAAGAUUCCUUGAUUGGUGUCAAAGCAGCUAAGGCUGCUAAGAUGAAGGUUAUAGCUGUCCCGUCCCGUGGGGAAAUUGAGUGCUCUUCCCUGGCAGAUAAAGUGCUUAAUUCCCUAUUAGAAUUUGAGCCUGAGCUGUGGGGUCUUCCCCCUUUUGAAGACUGGGUAGAUAGAACCUUACCGAUUGAUCCAAUAUAUCUGAGCUCUCACUACGUUAAUGGGUCUAUGAGUGAAAUCUCAGAGGAUGCAUCAUUACCUGACCAAGUUUUUGGAACGUUCUUCGGUUGGGGUGGCACUGUUAUGGCUUGGACCAUCAAGGUUGUGGUUAACAUCGGAUGGAAUUGCAGUUCAUGUACAAAAAGGAACAGGAUCUGGAAACUAUGGUCAGUUGACGGAUGUGAUAGCAAAGUAUUUGAGCAGCAGAUGCAAUUCAUGCUUGUUGGCUACAUCCGGAGAUUGAAUAGCACGGAUCUUGAAAACAUCGAUGUGAGAGAGAUUGAAGAGUUCAAGUAUAUUGCAAACACGUCACUUGACCGACCUAUGUUUGUCGACCAUUCUUGCACAUCUCUUACUGCAGAAGAAACUUCUAGCAUUAAUGGAUGAAAUAGUCUGUAAUUCACCAGAUUUCACUAUAGUUCUCUGGAGCUAUCAUUCUGGUUCAUAGGCAAUUUCAUUGAAAUUGCUCAUCUUCUUGCAAUAAUGAAUGUGUCACCACUGGCUCAAAUGAUUUUUAUUGUUAUCAUUCCUUUCUUUUUCCUUGAUUCUUUUCCAAGUAGAUUGUCUAAUUAGAUAAAAUCAAGUGGGUGAAGUGAACAGCAAGUAAUAUGGAUUCUUUAAUUCAUUCCGCCUAAUGACUAUAUUUAAUGUGAUUUUUGC